UCCCCGCGCCCUCCCCCACCCAUCAAUUCCCACCACAGCAGUACAGCACCACCAAGCAUUCAGGUGAACAACGCAACCGCAUCCAAGAAGAGCAAGAGAAGCGAAGAAGCGCAGUUCGGUCUCGGUUGAUAUGGCCAUGGCAGCAGCGGAGGGCAAGAGCCGGAGGUUCGCUCUGGCCUGCGGCGUGCUCAGCCAGUACGUCAAGGCGGAGCAGAAGAUGGCGGCCGUCGCCCCGCGCGCCCCGGCGACGACGCUGAGCCUCAUGCCCGGCGCGGACGUCGGCGCCGAGCAGGAGCCGGCCUCCGCCGCCGCUAGGGGGCCGGAGGAGGCGGCCGGGCCCGCGUCCACCGCGGCGCCGCUCACCAUCUUCUACGGCGGGAGGAUGGUCGUGUUCGAGGACUUUCCGGCGGAGAAAGCGGCCGAGGUGAUGCGCCUCGCCGCCGGCGGCGCCGAGCAGGCGGCGGCACCGGCCCCGGCCCCGGCCCCGCGCGACGACCUUCCCAUCGCCAGGAAGGCGUCGCUGCAGCGGUUCCUCGCCAAGCGCAAGGCCCGCGUCGUCGAGCGCGCGCCCUACACCCGCCCGUCCCCGGCCGAGGAGGCGGAGAAGACGAAGAAGCCGGCCGCCUGGCUCGGGCUGGGGAGCACGGACGCCGAGCGCCUCACCAUCGCGCUGUGAUUUGGAGCUCGCUCGGUUGCGAGAUCGAUUAGUAGUGUGAUUUAAUUGGGCGGGUUCUUGGGGUUGGAUUGGGUUGGAUCGAACAGAGCAGGAGCAUUUGCUCGUGCUCUUACACAGACAGAGAAUUGUAGAGAUGUAUUCUUGUUUACCCUUUUUUUUUCCUUAACAAGAGUGCUUUGCUCUUGUAAGAUUCGAUAGAAAGAAGAUGGAGAUUGAACAGUUUGUGCCUUUCA